AGCCGACGUGUGUUGGGGCGGCGGGCCGCUGGAAGCUCCGAGGAAAAUCGAAAUUGACAGCGGAAAACAACGCUUCUAAGCCUGUAUCGACAUACUGUCACCUAGCGCUUCAUCACAGGUGACGGGGAUGGAGGCGAUCCCAGACUGUCGGCCGCAGAGGGCGGUGGGCGUGGCCGACCUGACUCCCCACCUGGUGUGCACUCUCUGCGGAGGCUACUACAUCGACGCCACCACGAUUGUCGAAUGCCUGCACACAUUUUGUCGCUCAUGCAUUCUGCGUCACCUGGAGGCCAGCAUCUACUGUCCGGCUCUGACCUGUGACGUCAUGAUACACAGGACCAAGGGUGCCGUCAGUUUGAGGCCAGACACCACCCUACAAAGCAUAGUUUACAAAACCGUGCCCGGUCUAUACCGGGACGAGAUGGGGCGACGGCAGCAGUUCUACCGGGAUAAACCUGGCGCCGACCCCGAUCUCACGCCGAUUAUGAAGGGUGCCCAGGAAGAGGCGUCGUCCCGGUUUUACGCACCGGACGACACGAUCGACGUGCGAAUUCAAUAUGCUUCACAUAGUGUGGAGGAGGUGGUGCCAGUGCGGUACCUGCGCUGUCCGGCCGGGCUGCCGCUGGCUGUACUAAAAAAAUUCCUUUACCAAAAGUACCGGUUCACGGACAACCUACAGAUGGAGCUGAUCCACGGCAGGAAGGUGCUACCGCUUGAUGUCACGCUGCUCGAUGUCGCGUACAUCGUGAACUGGAGCAGGAAAUCGGCUCUGAAGCUGCUGUUUCGGGUGUCGAAGACCAAAGUCAGCAAACGAAAGGUUGUCGCUUUGGACCCGGCGGGAGAACCCCCACCCAAGGUCUGGAAGCUCAGCGCAAAUGCGUCAGGUCCCGGGGAAUGUUCUACCAGCCAUCCUCGCAGUGAGAUAGCGAAACCAUGUCAAGGCGAGGAACGCAGCCAACCGAAAUCCCCGCCCGCUUCAUUCAACCAAACAGACACUGGCACGCCACCACUGCCAUCCACAGGGCCCCGACAUCAAGCCGCCAGUCAGCCGGCAAUGGUGAGGCCCAGCGAAAGGCCCAGUGGUCAGCCGCAGAGCCAAAUGGCCAAGCCCAACGAGAAGUUCAGCAGCCAGGCGCAGGGGCGGACUGUCAAGUCCGUCGAAACGCCCAAUAAUCAGUCAGUAGUGAAGCCCACGGAAAGAGUCAACAGUCAUCGUGCGGUUGUCAAACCCUGUGGAAGUAACAACAGUCAGCCAACUGACGUCGCAAGGCGGCUGCUGUUACACACAGAGUCAGCAGCCAGCCGCGGUCGUCAGCCGUCGCACCGUGCUCCAGACCUGACGCCAGGCCUAAGUUGCCGCCUGAAAAUGCGAGUCAGAAACUCAUGAGCAAGCCGAGGCCGUCGUUGAUCGAGGCUUGCCAGAAAGCGAAGAAUCUGCUGAAGGGUCAGGCUCUGGAAUCAAGUCUGAAGGUGAAGAACGUGCCGAAUUCGAUGACGAAGUCCCCGUCAGUUGUGCUUCGUCAGGUGUCCAUCAGACCAAGCCAAAAAGUGGCACAUUCGCUGCAAUCUCAGACUGAUAUCCCCAGCUCAAAAGAUCAGCCUAAGGUGUUCGGCACACAGCUUGGGCAUUCAUACUUGGCCAGCAAGCAGGCCAAUAAGCUGUCUUCGGCCACAGCAGAUCACAAGGUUGCGAGCGGCGGCAGGCACAGCAGCGUUGGAAGUAUGUUUCAGAGAAGCGCGUCUGACUGUCGAAACAGUUCAGGCCGAGACGGAAUACAGAAGGCCACGAAUGGAGCGUCUUUGGUUGGCCGUCCAGAGGUAACAAGGGCAAGGUCUGCGCCAGACAUCUCGGGGCUCGGCAAAUCAGGCCAGUUCAAAUCUCCAAACGGCAGCAUGCCAAGCUCUUCAAAAUGUGUCUUGGCAGAAAAAGCAGCAGUCAGAAAGGUUGACUGCUCUGUGCAAACUGUCCCUGUCUCCAGGGUCCAUGCAACAAAACACCAGACGUCAGUUAAAACAGCCAAGACAUCCCCGCAAGGAUCCAAUACGCUAUUUCCCACAGCUUCUAAAAAGAAACCCCCGGAGGAAAUGUCAAAGGGUGUUAAGCCAGCAGAGAAGACGCCGAAAGACGUCUCUGAAGCCUCGUCCAACGGGACAGAAAAGGAGCAGACAAAAACUGGAAUUACCCGACCGGCGACUGAUGUCCUCGACCUUUCAACCCACGCUAGAGAGGUGCCUGCAGAAGGUCUCUGUGGCUCGAAAGAAUCAAAGACAAUCUUCGUCAUCUCCGGCGCCAAGAAAAGUCAGGGCUCUAACAAGAUCCAAUCAAUCGUGGAGUCCCUGGCUCAGAAGCGCCUCAUGUCGUCUUCCCCGCACCAAGAGCUUCAGGUUCCACCUCAUAAUGGAGUUGAAACGAACGAUUCUUCCCCUCGCACGACUCCGCCGCCGACCUCCAAACCGCCCUCGUCUGUCAGCAGCGGCGGCUCGUUCGCAGCGCCGGCGCCCGUAUCGGCUCAGGCGUCGGGCGCGGCGGCCGGCCGCUCUGUCUCCUCGCCGCUGCACAUCGAGACGGCCACGCUCGGUCUGCGCUACAGCAGCGCUGUGCCGCCGCUGGCCGGCCUGGCGCGCCCGGCGCCGGCCAGCGCACCGACGGCCGCUCGGCCUGUGUUUCCGGUGCUGCCACUGCCACAGCGGCCCAAGAGCCAGGGCGUGCGCAGCAUCCCGAACCCGUCGCUGGUGCGGCAGCGAUCGGCCGAGGAGCGUGCCCGCGACAGCAGCAAGAGCUCGCCGACGGCGGGCGCCACGGCGCCGGCCAUGUCGCCGCCCUGCAUCAGGGACAUCCACAGCCUGACACGCCAGCUGCAGGAGGCUGGCACAUCUGUUACCAUCACUAACACCUCGUGCUGAUGAGACGGGCGCUUGGUGUCAGUGAAAGGACUAAACCUGUUCAGUCUCCGUCGUUAAGCUAUGGUUAGUGGUGAGUCUACGUGACGGGUGUAUUCAGUCCGUGUUCAGGGAAAGGCCUUGAUUGAUUCCAGCUGUAUUCAACAUAUUUUAGGACUGAGUGUAGAUCAGGCAAGAAGAACUUGAAUGAGGUAUUUCUGCUCGUCUGGUGACGUACGUCGGUAGAUCCACAAGAUUCUUAUGAUAGUCUUACAUUAUUCCUAGUCGUCAACGUAAGUUGAACGAUCACUAUUUAAUCUCAACCGAAGUAAGCGAUAUCAUAAACUCAUUGCAUUGCAUUUUAGCUGUGCUUUUUGCGCCGACUUUCCCCUUCCCUUCCUCCUUCCCUCUACUACAUCCGAAAUCGAAAUUGAGAGCUGUUGUAUAAGCCCCUUAAUGCAGGUUACGAGCCAAAGUGGAUUAUCCCUGAAGCGUCUACAUUUAUGCUUGGUGAACGUUCCUUUGUUUACGGUAGGCUGCAUUGUUAUAUAUUCCGUAAACAGUACCCUGGUUGUUGUAUUUAUUAUGCAUGAAUUUGAAUUGACAAUACGCUUCAGCGGCGUGUAUAGCUAUGUUCAAUUUCCUUGACAUGCCUGACAAGUCAUAAGUACGUUAUACGAGUUUAGGGGUUAUUUUGCGCCUUCAUAAACUGGCAAAUCAGCUGUUAGUGUGUGCCGUACAGGAACCAGGAAUGCUUCCAGGUGGAUUAUUCCAACACCCAUGUGUAUGUGAGGGCUGGUCCCAGCUGACUGCGGAGUGUAUGUUGCUGCGACAAAAGUCCACUCGGGACACUUCCACCAGCACCGCAGUAUGAGUGGUUGAUGUGAGUGGUGCGGGUUGGGUGUCGAUGUUCUCUUUAGUGAACUGUGCGUGACAGUCGUGAUUCCCGUUUGUUUAUGUACAGCUUAGUAAUUAGGCAGUGCGGUGCCAAUGUGUAGAGCCCGGCAACAGCCACAGUUGGCGGUGGUUGUUGACGAAAAUUCCGAUAUUGUGGUUUGGCAGUGUGCUAGGCGCGAUAUCGAUAACUUGUGUUGCGGUAUUUUGCUGGCAUUUGCUGCUCAGUGGUAUGCUGGUUCGUUGCCAAGUAUCAUCUGUGCAUGUGUUACGUUAAAAUAUACCUAGCACCCUUC